AUGAGGAGAGAUGAGAAGCUGAAAACGGAGGCGGAGCAGAGUCGAACGCUGAGAAGACGGAAAAGUGAGAGAGGGGUUGAACGUGGGUAUUACGUAAGAAAGUGGAGCUUAAUGAUGGGUUUGGGUUUUCAAGUCGGUUUACUGGUAGCUUUGAUGACAUCUAACAUUGGGUCAACAUCUUCAAAGCGUCUUGCUUGUUACUUUCAUGUGGGUGGGAAGUUUGCAGAAAAUGGUGAUGGUGAAGUUAAGUACUAUGGUGGAACUGUCAGGGUAAGAGUGAUCAAGGAGGGUAUAAGGCUUGAAGAUUUGAGGGUUAUGAUAGGAGAAUGGUUUGGUGUAGAUAGUAAUGGUUGCGACAUUAAAUACACAUUGGGCUUGAAUGAUAGGAUAUUAAUAGAUCUUAUUGAUGAUGAUGAAGUUGACAACCUAUUUGAGUAUAAUGAUAGUAAUGCACAUGUAUACGUAGCAGCUAAAGGUAAUGAGAAUACGGAGGAAGAAGUGGCUGAUCGAAACAGCAUGUCAAAAUUGUCAGGACUGUCACAGCAAAAUGAUGAGCCAAUGAUUGAGGAUGCUGUCGAAUGUGUGAAUUACAUAGCAGCUGAAAAUGUUCUUAGCCUGCCAUAUGCAGUAGAGAGUGCACCAACUCCUUUGCCAGGAAUGAAUUCCCUGAAAUGGAAAACAGUAUUGUUAGGAUUGAGGCAGACUUUUCCAGAUGCGGAUGAUUUCAAGAAGAAACUACACAAAUUCAGCAUUGCAAACAAAUUUGAGUAUAAAUAUGUGAAGAAUUCUAAUGCCCAUAUGUAUGUCAAAUGCAAUGUUGAAGGUUGUCCAUGGAGGAUCAGUGCAAGAGCAGCUGUAAAGAGUACUCCAGCAUUUUUACGUGUAACGACAUUCAAAAAUGAGCAUGUUCAUAAUGCCCAAGACAAUCUUCAUGUGACACAUGGUAGAUCAGCUAGCUUGACAUCAUCAAUUAUAAUUGAAGAGGUUAGGGAUCAUAUAGACAUGCGUCCAAAUGAUAUAAAAAAGAGGUUGGAAAGAGAUUAUGGUGUGAAGUUGACAUAUAAGCAAGCAUACAGGGCCAAGGAAAAAGCGUUGGAGGACAUACAUGGCAGACCUGAUCAUUCUUACAUGCUUAUUCCAUGGAUAUGUGACCGGUUGAAGGAAACCGAUGACAAAACAGUGGCAAAAUGGGUGGCUGCAAGGAACAACAGAUUUGAGCGUGUAUUCAUAGCCUAUGGGUGUUGUAUAGAGGGUUUUAUUGCUGGUGCUAGACAUGUACUGUAUAUUGAUGGAAGUCAUUUAAGUGGACCGUAUAAGGGGACACUACUUUCAGCGUCGGCUUAUGAUGCGGACAACGAAUUAUUACCUUUUGCCAUUGCGAUUGUGAAGGGAGAGACGCUUGAGGAUUGGACAUGGUUCUUACAUAUGAUCAAGGAGAUAAUUGGGUCAAUGCAAUUAACAAUCAUUUCAGACCGACACAAUGCAAUUAUAGGUGCUGUGCAAGCAAUAUUCGGAGGUGAGCGACAUGCGUACUGUUACAGACAUGUUAAGGAGAAUUUCAGUACACAAAUGAUCAAGUUAAAUAGAGGAAGAAGGAAGACAAGUGGCAACACAAGGGAGGAUGGACUGCAUUUCCUAGAUGCCAUUGCAUAUGCAAGGCUUGACACAGAGUUUGAUCAAGCAAUGGAUAACAUGAGACACUUCAAUUCCCAAUUAUUUGAAUGGCUUGUCAAUCAUGGUGAUAUUCACAAGUGGGCCUUAAGCAAGUUCCCUUUUAAACGAUGGGACAACAUAACAACAAACCUUGCAGAGUCAUUCAAUGCGUGGAUGCUGAAGGAGAGAAGAUAUAAUGUUGCCCAACUUAUACAUGAGCAUCGUGAAAAAGUAGCCAAGAAGAUGUAUGCAGCAAGCAUGGCAAUGAGCAAAUGGAAGAAUGGUGUAGGCCCAAAUACAAAUGCAACAUUGAUGGAAAAUGUGGCGAGAUCUGCACAGAUGUUAAGUGUUCCUUACGGAAGGGGUAGGGUGUGUGUCCAUACAGCAAAAGGAGCCAUUAAUGUUGAUCUUGGAAAAGGUGAAUGUAGUUGUGCAGCUUGGCAAAUGUCAGGCAUCCCAUGCCCACAUGCAUGUGCAGCUAUCAAGGCCUUGAAUUGCAAUGUGUAUGAUUUUGUUGAAGAAUGCUACAAGAUUACGUCCCAACAAAAGAUUUAUGGUAGGACGAUGACUCCAGUGGUGACAAUCGACAUGCCAAAUCCUAAUAACUAUCGGCUGCAAGAUAUAGCAAGUCAAGUGUUUUUGGCACCACCUUUGACUAGUCGACCACCUGGAAGGCCUAGGAUAAAUAGGCAAGAGUCGCAGUUUCAAAACAAGAAGGUCUACCAUUGUAGUGCAUGCCAGCAAGUUGGCCACACAAGAAGAACAUGCAAGAAUCCAAACCCAACUUAA